AUGAAACUAGAACAAACCGAAGCACUCAGCGGGACCGGCAGAUCGCAGCCAAAGUUCAUCGACUGCAACUAUUGCCGGACGACAGUGCUCGUAGGCGCGCGCAAGCUUCGGGGUCGCGGAAUUGGCCUCUUCAUCACUUGGUGGAAGGACCUUGGUGACGGACGUCCAGCGGACGAAACGUGGACUGAUCAAAUAGGCUUGUCUACUCGGCCUGAGAAAUGGCGACAUGUCAGAUAUGGUACUAUUCCUGUUGUCGAGGCGUUUGAAGGACAAAAUGCACGCUAUUUAGACUUCGAUGAAGUAAUGAUGCGAGCAGACUGGAAGGAGCUUUUAAGAUUGAGCCCUAUACAGUAGUAGUUAGGAAAUAACUUACUGGUCGCCACCAGUCGUCGUGUGAGGUGCUAGGUUUGAGACUUGUGUUUGCCGGUUACUACUUUUGCUUUUUCGGAGUAAAGUAGAGUCCGGGGAACAAAGUCUGAAUAGGGGGCUAUUAAUUUCGCUGGCUGUCUGUUUAUUAUAGUGUCACAGGAUCUAUCAUUGGCAUAGGGGCUUCAUAGGAAC